CCUCCACUUCCACCUACCACAAGUCUCUCACGCUCUAUAAGGCCAUGGCGGCCGCGGGGUGGUCUCCUGUAGCCGUGGCCGCCGUGGUCGUCGUCGCCCUGCUAUCUUCAUCACGGUGCGCCGCGACGGCUGCGGCCAGCAGUUGGCCACUAACGUACGCGGGCUCGUCCUCGCCGUCGACGUCGCUGGACUGCGGCACGAUGACGUCGCUGCUGGCGGGCUGCAGGGCCUUCGUCCGCCGCGGCGAGGCCGCGUCCUCGCCGUCCGCGCCGGCGCCCGGCGCGGCGUGCUGCGAGGGCGUGGCGGAGCUCUACGCCGUGGCGGCGGACUCCGCGGACAACUGGCGGUCGGUGUGCGGGUGCAUGGCGGCGCUCGUGCGGCGCUACAGCUCCAACGCGUCCGCUAUCGCGCUGCUGCCGGUGCUCUGCGGCGUCCUGCCGCCCGCCGGGCGCACCGCCCGCGACACCCUCACGUACUGCACAAGCCCUCCUUGACGUCUCAGCCGUGGCCGGCGGUGCAAGGGCGGCAAUCAUCAAGAGCAAUCUGCUGAUGCCUGAUGAUCUCAACGAAGCUGUGUCAUGUACUACACACUAGAAAAUAAAGUUCGGAGAACUGAGUUUUUUCUUUUAAUUCUUGGAGAAUACGUAGCUAGGAUGUUCUAGUAAUUUGGUGUUGGCCGUUCACUGUAUGUUGAUUCGUUGCGGUUUAAUUUGCCCCAAUUCAGUCAUUGA